CUUUUUGAACGGACAUACACAGUCCCUUCGCGUUCGCUUUGACGAAACGUCAUGCAUUUUUGUUAUCUUUAACAAACAAUAAAAUCGAGAGCUCCAGAUGGUUUUGUGAUUUGAGAAUUUGUGAUCAUAAUUAUAAUUUUAUACAGUGUUCCAAAAGUGCUUUGUGUUAGUGGGAGUAUCAUUAUGUGAAAUACUUUCUCUUUUCGCGGACGAGCGAUCUUUGUUGCGACAUCAAAAAUGAAUCGUUUUACGAACGAUAUACUUUACACCUUGGCGUCAAACAACUCUAAUGGGACUGACGAUGAAGGCUGCAUGCUGAUAAAUCCUUCUCAAAAUGUUAUAAUAACAGGAGCAUACAAUGGAAUACCGCAGACCUUGAUUCUUAACUUGAUAGCAUGGUCAUGUCUAAUAGUAUUAUUCUCUGUUUUGAGACGAACUGCUUGGAACUAUGGCCGCAUGGCUCUGGUUCAACGGUCGAAAAGUAUGUGGACGAACUUAUUCUACCGUAGGGGGGAUGGGGAGACCCUCGUAGACAGAAGACGAAAUAACGACGAGUCUGUUACCAUCGAUGAAGGAUUUUUUACAUGGCUGCCUGCCGUAUUUCGCUUGAAUCGUGAGCAGAUACUCGCUAAGUGCGGCCCUGAUGCUGUCCACUACCUAUCUUUCCAGAGGCACGCAAUAACACUAAUGUUCAUAGUAACACUAGUGUCCAUAUGCAUCAUUCUCCCGAUUAACUUCUCAGGCACGAAUCUAAAUGUUGAUGCCAGCACCUUCAGUAGAACAACCCUCUCCAACUUAAAUGGAAGUUCAUAUUGGCUUUGGGUGCAUACUUUACUGAGUAUUUCAUUCUUGCCAGUAUCAGUGCUCAUAAUGAGAAGAUGUACAGGACGCAAGCCUGUACCUACCUCCAUGACUGGAACCAUUAUGAUCAGCAACAUAGCAAGAGCCGAUCGAAAUGAAGCAACAAUUAGGGCAUACUUUGCUCAUAAUUUCCCACACAUACAAAUAGUGGACCUACGCCUUGCUUACAACAUUAACAAACUAAAUGAAGUCCAAGAAAAGAGAGAAAUGGUAACUGAAGCUCUUAUUUAUACUGAUUCCUAUUUCAAGAAAACUGGGAAACGUAUAACAGUGAAACCCAACUGGUGUGGAAAUGAACUUGAUGCUUUGGAGUACUACACAAAUGAAGAGAAGCGGCUGAAAGAUGAAGCUAAGAGGUGCAGAGCUAUUGUAUUGAAUGAUCCUUUGGGUAUUGCCUUCUUAACUCUACCAUCAUACCAAUUAGCAGAACAUGUUAUCAACCAUUUCACUCUACAUCGCGGUUGGGUGUUAUCUCAUGCCACUAAUCCAGCUGAUAUCAUUUGGGAAAAUCUUUCUGUGCAGCCAGGUGUAUGGUACCUAAAAGCUAUCGUCGUAAAUUUCUUCCUUUUUAUUGUCCUGUUCUUCCUGACCACCCCAGCUUUCGUAGUCAAUCUAUUCAAUACUCUUGUAGCAAAACCAGAAAGUCUUAGCAAAAUUAGUAGUUUGAUAUUUGAGUUUUUGCCGACAUUACUGCUUUGGACUAUGGCUGCUGUAAUGCCUGCGAUCGUAGCCUUUUCUGACAAAUUCUUAUCCCACUGGACAAAAUCUCAACAGAACUAUUCUAUUAUGACUAAAACUGUGUCUUACCUCCUGUUGAUGACGUUGAUCUUGCCGUCGCUGGGUCUCGCUAGUGCGGAAGCGUUCGUGACGUGGACGCUGCAUCACGAGAACGACACGAUGCGGUGGGACUGCGUGUUCCUCCCCGAUAAAGGCGCGUUCUUCGUCAACUACGUAAUCACCUCGGGCUUCAUCGGUACCGUGUUAGAGCUGAUUCGUUUUCCGGAACUCUUCCUUUACGUUUGGUAUUUGCUUCAGUCGAAAUCGAAAGCGGAAAAAAGUUACGUAAAGAAGGCUAUUCUGUACGAAUUUCCGUUCGGCGUUCACUACGCUUGGAGUUUAGCUAUUAUCUCUAUCACAAUGGUGUACAGCCUCGCUUGUCCUCUAAUUGCUCCGUUCGGUUUAAUCUACUUGAUGCUCAAGCAUGUCGGGGACAAACAUAAUCUUUAUUUCGCGUAUGGUCCAUGCGAUAUGAGCGGGGUGGGUGGUGGAAGAAUCCAUGCGACAGCUGUUAGAUUAAUUCGGGUGGCAGUGUUAUUAUUGUUGGUUAAUAUGGCAGCUUGGGCUGGGUUAAGAGCGGGUUUCGAGGCAAGGACCAUAAUUUUGAUAAUGGCAUCAAUUGUCGCGUUCGGGACGUUCUUGCUGCUGAGUCCGUUCCCGAGUUGUACGCCCCCGGCUCCCUUGCAAGAGGAAUCGAGUGUACGGUAUACAGAGUACGCCGCACCGGUUCUACUCAAACCUGUCGACUCUCCUCUUAGUUCAACGCCGACGACCCCCGACUACGGAGCCUCGUCUCCCGUUACCAAUCACUCCUACUCACAUGAUCCCAUUAACAUAUAAAGCGAUCAUUAGCAAAAAUCUUUAACAAUAAUUAAUCGCGGUACAUGUACUUGUAUUAUGCGAUAAACGAAAUUUAUCGAUGACGCUGUAGUCGGUUGAUACCGAUCGGCUUAGGGCAGGAAGAUUAGAGUUUUUUUAUAAAGUGUAAAUAAUGAAUGCAAUAUUUUUCUAUUGUACUUUAGUUAGCUGUGGAUGAUUAAAAUCGUUUGUGCUUGUUGUGUUGAACUACACAAAUUAUUGGAUUCACAAAAGACUUCUUUUUUUCAAUAAACGCUUGACUUCCGUUAAUAAUGUUUGAGAUAUGUCAUAUGAGUCACGUUUGUAGUCAUUUCCAAGUCAAUAUUCACGUAAUCGAGCACCAGCCGGUAGUUCACCUUGAUGAACCAACCAAUAGUUAAUUCAUAGACUUGAAGGGUGUCGACUGUCGACCAAAGGAAAUGAGGUGAUACUCUGGGUUACGCACGAACAAACUACUCGAAUUACACCAAAUAUUCAAUUAUGUUUUACCCUACUCUUGCACAUAAGAUUUUAAACACCACUUAAUACUAUUGUAUGUGAUUUUUUUUUAAAUGGCUGUCUAUUUUUUAAUUGCUUUAUACUUAGAAACGUAUUAAUUAAUAAUUUAAAUAUAUGCUUUAUUGUAGAUAUUUUAUUGUAUCAUAAAUACACAAUUUUCACUUCACAAGGAGUCCUUUUAAUUACUUUAUAGAUGCUACAGUUGCAUGGCUCUAACUUGUAGGUAAUAUACUAUCAGUUUUGUCUUUGAGCGUAAUUCCUGCCUUUGUUUGGCUGCGCUGCGUGUACGAUGACCUAAAAUUCUUGCUAAUUUGUUCUUGCUAAUGGGAAAAUUAGAUUAUCGACUGUGAUAACUGAAAAUGACGGCAGGUACCGAUGAGCGCCGAGAGGGUUUCAAGUAGUGAUAUUAGUGAAGUUCAGCUGAGUUCCUUUUCGUGUAAAUGGCAUAAUAUCAUAUUAGGAAUAUUAUUUGUCAUCAGUUUGCGCAGGAGGUUGUUGUACAUUGUUCAUUGGUCCAGCGUACCGCAGUUAAAUAUAGACAAAUGUACGCUAGUACACAUUUCGGUACAGCUGGCAGGUUUUAUUGACUCUCAAUUUAGACGUACCUGGCGAUAUAUUUUUUAAACAAAGCGCUAUGUUUACGAAAAUGAUAUUGCAUCAUGGCCGACAUUAAAACGGAACGGAUUUGGCACUUUGUAGUGUUACACGAGCGCGUUUGAUUUUAAAUUAACUGCAUUCCCAAAGACAGAGAUGUAUAGUACAUAUAUCACCAGCUACCUAUAGUUUGAGAUUAGGUCUUCGUAUCAUUGAGGAAAUCUGUAAGACCAAAUGUACCUAGGAUGUUUUUUACUUCUCUGUCCGCGAUGUGUUUGUCGAUAUAUUUCGUGAAUCAUCAAGAAUCAAAAGCGGCAGUAAAAAAUAUUUCCGAAUUACAUUUUUUUAGGGCGUGGAAGCAUAGCUGAUUAUCAUUUGAUCAAUAUUUACCCACUCACGUGCGUAAACACGUGAAUUUGCACUCAUAUAGUGUAGCUAUUGUUAACACAUGGAAACCAAAUAGGCUUUCACGGAAGCCUUACUUCAGUACCAUUUUUCUAAUUCCACUUUAAAAUAAAGGUUUUUUAUCAUACCUACUUAUAUUUAAAUUGAAUUACUUUAUAACAUGUUAGCUUCAUUCGUUAAUUUAUUUGGGUUUUUUUUAGAUUACUUACCUAUUUGUUUUAUCUAUUAUCGACAAUUUGCUGACAUGCUAUAUUGCUGCUAUUUACGGCGAUGACGACGUCUCAUGUUUUGUUCAUAAUUAUUGUUCGUAUCUCUCUCUUUAUUUAAGAGCUGCGCUCUUGUCGGUGGAGUAAU